GAGGAUAUAGUUCAGGAGCUCGUUGGCGCAGGGGCCGAUGUCAAUAAACGAAAUGAUAAAGGGCUGUCUCCCCUGUAAGAUGGCUUUCGGACCGUUCGUUUUGUUUUCACAACUCGUGUAGCCAUUACGCAGCGUCCAAAUCCCGCAUAGACGUGAGUCUGGCUCUUUCAUGAGUGAUACGACUGAUGUCCUUUAAGGUCGGAAGGUUCCUGAUUCAGAGAGGUGCUGACAUUAAUGCGAGGGAUAAAGCAAAUCAAAUACCUCUCCACCGUGCAUCCACGACUGGGUCCACUGGAUUUAUCUCCCUCCUGCUUAAUCCGCCUCAAGGGUUGGCAGUAUCCAAACCAAGACUGAACACGGGGGAUCGCGUCGGGAACACGCCGUUGCAUCUGGCGAUGGAAUCUGCUCACGCACAGGCGGCAGUCUUGCUGAUCGAAGCUGGUGCUGAUCGAAAUAGGACCAACUUGGAGGACUUAACCCCUGAGAAUAUCGACGGCGUUGGAGGCGAAGAGCAGAGAAGGGCGAGACAGUAUGUAAUCGACCAUUGUGGUCCGCCAUGAAGGGACAGCGGAGUAGGUUUAUGGAGUGGCCCCCACGUCUACAGGAAGAAAUCAAGGAACACAUUACCAGAUUAAUCUCCGUAGUGAUUAAGGUGUCACAGUGUAAAAGUUUUCGGCCGAGGUGAUAAACCGGGUCGAUGUUGGCGAACCCUAAGAUGUCAUAUUUC